GUGCUGAUUACUCCCUACGAUCUUUUUUAUUUUAGAAAAUGUCCGACGAAGAUGAUACUGUGGGACCACUUCCCUCAGAGAUGCUCCCGGAGGGAGAUGCCGAUAAUGAAGAUAUCGUUGGUCCGCUACCUUGUGAAGCUGAAGAAUCAGAGGAAUCCGAGUUCAAACCACCACCAGCCAAGAAAAAGAAGAGAGGAGCGAUCCAUGGCUUGUCGGCAAGCUGUGACGGUGAACUUGCCUGUACUGUGGGUGAUGACAAAACGGCAAAGGUAUUUGAUGUACUUAAUUUCGAUAUGAUCAGCAUGAUGAAACUUGACUUUAUCCCGUCUGGAUGCUGCUUCAUCUACACUCCAAAGGAUGAAAUUUCCACUCUUGCCAUCUCGGACCAGAGCAGUCCCAAAAUCCGUAUCUACGAUGCCAGGAGUAAAAACGACCUGCUGCACACAAUGGAUCGUUUGCAUGAGAGUCCUGUAGAGUGCAUCGUUUUUAAUCCUAUAUUCGGUUGCGUUGUCAGUGCUGAUUCCGACGGCAUGCUAGAAUAUUGGGCCGGACCAAGCGAGAACUAUGGGAUUCCUCGCACAGUUGAGUGGAGCUUCAAAUCAGAUACUGAUUUGUACUGUUUACUUGGGAACAAGACCCAUGCGAUCAAUAUGACAGUCUCUUCAAAUGGACAAACAUUGGCUGUGCUCGGUGCAGACCGGAAGGUCCGACUUUUCCGUUUCUCCACCGGCAAGCUCAUUCGGAUCUAUGACGAAAGUCUGGAGCAGUACUCCAAGCUACAACAGGCGAAGCAAAUACUCCCAAGCAUGGAAUUUGGUCGCCGGUUGGCACAAGAGAAAGAGUUGGAUCGUUCUGAAUUCAGGCAUAGUUGUAAUCUGGGUUUUUUCCUCGCAUAUGCAACCCUGCUUGGAAUCAAGGUAGUCAAUGUUGUCACCAAUUGCGUGGUUCGCAGUCUGGGAGGUCCGGAAAACCUUCGGUUUCUCCAACUCGCCUUCAUACCUCCCCGGAGUAUGUUUGCUUCGAAUGUCGCACCUGGAGUUGGAUCUGGGACGUCUUUGUGUACCCCUAGCUUGGAAAUGCUGGCCAUGGCAACUGAGGACCAUCACACUUCCAGUACCUCCACAUCCGCCGCCGUCCAGGCUCAACAGCCCGUGCUAGUGUGUACGGCGUUCAAGAAGAACCGAAUUUAUUUGUUUACGAACCGUGAACCGCACGAUAUUAAAGCAGAUGGUGACAGUGUGACUCCCGGUUCGGCUGCCGAACGGGACAUAUUCAACGAGAAACCCACGAAGGAGGAAGUUCUGGCUGCCACCCGUGAUUCAGCCACAGCCGCUUCACGCCUGGCGGGUAGUGCCAUAUUACACACGACCCUUGGGGAUAUUCACAUUCGUCUAUUUCCGCGGGAGUGUCCGAGGACAGUCGAAAACUUUGUUGGUCAUUCGAGGGCGGGCUACUACAAUGGACACAUUUUUCAUCGUGUUAUCAAAGGCUUCAUGAUUCAGACCGGUUGCCCACUAGGGACGGGUACUGGAGGCAAGUCGAUCUGGGGUGGAGAAUUUGAGGAUGAAUUUCAUCCUAGUCUGCGACACGACCGGCCUUAUACUGUCAGCAUGGCUAAUGCCGGACCCAACACAAAUGGCUCGCAAUUCUUCAUCACGGUCGCACCCACGCCUUGGUUAGACAAUAAACAUACUGUAUUUGGUCGAGUGGUCAAAGGCAUGGAGGUCGUACAGAAGAUAUCUAACAUCAAAACGCAUGCGAAGAAUGAUAAGCCAUUGGAGGAUGUCAAUAUCAUUAGCGUCACUAUCAAGGACCUCGGAGCUGGUAUUUGAAAACCAGUGGUGCACAACCAUCCCUGUAUAUUUUGUAUACAUCUCUGAAAUGAACCUCUGUAAACACUUGCCAUUUGUGCUCUGUUCUGCCAUUCACUCCUUUCCAUACCAGCUACCUUUACAGAGUUUUAUCAGGUUUGAUUUUCGCGGUCGUGUCUUAAAUAAUUUUACUCUCCUGUGCAAGCCAU